AUUCCCAAGAUCGAUGUCUACCACUAUGAAGUGGAUAUCAAGCCUGACAAAUGCCCGCGCAGAGUCAACAGGGAAGUGGUGGAGUACAUGGUGCAGCACUUCAAGCCUCAGAUCUUCGAGAAGGCGGUCUACGAUGGGAAGAAGAACAUUUACACGGUCACGGCCCUGCCCAUCGGCAACGAGCGGGUCGACUUCGAGGUGACAAUCCCGGGGGAAGGCAAGGACAGGAUAUUCAAGGUCUCUAUCAAGUGGAUGGCGAUCGUGAGCUGGCGGAUGCUGCACGAGGCCCUGGUGAGCGGGCAGAUCCCUGUCCCGCUGGAGUCCGUGCAGGCGCUGGAUGUGGCCAUGAGGCACCUGGCGUCCAUGAGGUACCGGGAUGUGGCGGGACGCGCGGGGGCGGCAGGGCCCGUGGCCGGCGCGCGGGCUCCCUGGUUCGGCUUCCACCAGUCGGUGCGGCCCGCCAUGUGGAAGAUGAUGCUCAACAUUGACGUGUCGGCCACGGCCUUCUACAAAGCGCAGCCCGUCAUCGAGUUCAUGUGCGAGGUGCUGGAUAUCCGGAACAUCGACGAGCAGCCCAAGCCCCUGACGGACUCGCAGAGAGUGCGUUUCACCAAGGAGAUCAAAGGUUUGAAAGUAGAGGUUACCCACUGCGGGCAGAUGAAGAGGAAAUACCGCGUGUGCAACGUUACCAGGCGCCCGGCCAGUCACCAGACGUUCCCGCUGCAGCUGGAGAGCGGCCAGACCGUGGAGUGCACGGUGGCUCAGUACUUCAAGCAGAAAUACAACCUGCAGCUCAAGUACCCGCACCUGCCCUGCCUGCAGGUGGGCCAGGAGCAGAAGCACACGUACCUGCCCUUGGAGGUGUGCAACAUCGUGGCGGGCCAGCGGUGCAUCAAGAAGCUCACGGACAAUCAGACGUCAACCAUGAUAAAGGCAACGGCCAGGUCCGCGCCGGACAGGCAGGAGGAGAUCAGCCGCCUGAUGAAGAAUGCCAGCUACAACCUGGAUCCGUACAUCCAGGAGUUCGGCAUCAAGGUGAAGGACGACAUGACGGAGGUGACGGGGAGGGUCCUGCCAGCUCCCAUCCUGCAGUAUGGAGGCAGGAACCGGGCCAUUGCCACCCCCAACCAGGGCGUGUGGGACAUGCGAGGGAAGCAGUUCUACAACGGCAUCGAGAUCAAGGUGUGGGCCAUCGCCUGCUUCGCCCCGCAGAAGCAGUGCCGCGAGGAGGUGCUGAAGGGUUUCACCGACCAGCUGCGCAAGAUCUCCAAGGACGCGGGGAUGCCGAUCCAGGGCCAGCCCUGCUUCUGCAAGUACGCGCAGGGAGCCGACAGCGUGGAGCCCAUGUUCCGGCACCUCAAGAACACCUACUCGGGGCUGCAGCUCAUCAUCGUCAUCCUGCCGGGCAAGACGCCCGUCUACGCCGAGGUGAAGCGCGUUGGAGACACCCUCUUGGGAAUGGCCACACAGUGCGUCCAGGUCAAAAACGUGGUGAAGACUUCCCCGCAGACCCUCUCCAACCUCUGCCUCAAGAUCAACGUCAAGCUCGGCGGGAUCAACAACAUCCUCGUGCCUCACCAGCGCUCUGCCGUCUUUCAGCAGCCCGUGAUCUUCCUCGGGGCCGAUGUCACCCACCCGCCGGCUGGGGACGGGAAGAAGCCCUCCAUAACGGCCGUAAGUUGCCCUGCCAGCGCUGGCCUUGGCCCUCCUGUUGGGAGCCGCUCGAGCCUGGCCCUCCGCUACUGCGCCACGGUGCGCGUGCAGCGGCCGCGCCAGGAGAUCAUCGAGGACCUGUCCUACAUGGUGAGGGAGCUGCUCAUCCAGUUCUACAAGUCCACCCGCUUCAAACCCACCAGGAUCAUCUUCUACCGCGAUGGCGUUCCUGAGGGGCAGCUCCCGCAGAUCCUUCACUACGAGCUCCUGGCAAUCCGAGACGCCUGCAUCAAACUGGAAAAGGAUUACCAGCCCGGCAUCACGUACAUCGUUGUCCAGAAGAGGCAUCACACCCGCCUCUUCUGCGCCGACAAGAACGAGCGGAUCGGGAAGAGUGGGAACAUCCCGGCGGGAACAACAGUGGAUACAAAUAUCACCCACCCCUUUGAGUUCGACUUCUACCUGUGCAGCCACGCGGGCAUUCAGGUACGGCCGGGCCUCCGCGCCGCUGUCGUGCGGGUGGCGUUCCGGGCGCUCUACCACCUCGUGGACAAGGAGCACGACAGCGGCGAGGGCAGCCAUAUAUCCGGACAGAGCAACGGCAGAGACCCCCAGGCCCUGGCCAAGGCCGUGCAGGUUCAUCAGGACACUUUACGUACCAUGUACUUUGCUUGAAAGCCUAACUUUUGUUACCUCACUCGAGAAAGCUUUCAGAUUUGUAGGAGCCAUACAAAAAGGAAGCAUUGGGACACCUUGGUUUUUUUCCAAUGAGAAAUCACUGCAGGGCAGGCAGCGUCGACUGGGGCAGGAGACCAGCACCACGGGACAGAAAGAUCCAACACUUUGUAGGAUUGGAAGAGACUGAUGAUUAUUUUUUUAAUUUUUCUGGCUUUGCAAAAUUUUGACCUGACCAAACACACGAAGGCAUUCAAGGAAGGGAUAAAGCUCCCAGGAGGCAGAAGCAGGUUUUCAUUUCUAAGAUGCAAUACUCUAGACUGCUGACUGUGAACUGGCGGAUUUGGUCCUCCGUUGCCCACCAGGCGCUGGUAGGUAUUUUUGUGGGGUUGGGGGGAGGGGAUUUUUAGAGCCUUAAAACAGAAGACUAGAUUUAUAAAACUAAUAUUUUAGAAUAUGAGAUGCUUUAACGGGUUAAGGGGAAAAA